GUGAACUUUCAGUAUUAGAAACUGAAUUAAACAAACAACACCAAAAACAACAUCACACAAAUACUUAAACACAAAUACUUAAGCACAAACACUAAAACACAAAUACUUAAACACGUAAAUACAAUGCGUGCCGCGAAACACCGAGAGUUCGAGGAGGACUUCUUACGUACAGCCUCAAAGGUGGACGAUUUCAUGAAGUUCUUAACCGAAAUGGGCAAAUCUAAAAUGGAAAAAAAAAAACCUAGCGCCGGCAAGGACACGGAUGCCAAGGUGGAAAUUAACUAUAGUGCGGCUGUCACAGAUGACAAUUUUAUGGUAUUGGCGCGUAGCUUGUACUUUGCAAGGAAAACGAAGAUGUCGUCCAGAAAGGUAAAUGUUAGAUCAAAUAUGAAUCAAAUGAGUUUCAUGCGCCAGAUCGAUGCCAGCCAUGAAGAGCGGAUUAAGGCACGUGAGGAGCGUAUACGCGUUGCAAGCAAUUAUCGCAGGCUAGGCAAUUUUGAGUAUCGUAACAGAAACUUUGAGAAAGCGAUUGAGCACUAUACCAAGGGCCUGCAAUAUAUACCCGAUUCGCCAGUUCUCUAUACAAAUCGCAGCCUGUGCUACAUCAAGAAACGUGAGUUUAAGCGGGCCCUAUUAGAUCUUGACUUUGUCAUCAUGAACUUGGAUGGACGCUGCCUGCGUGCCUGGCUCUAUAGGGCCGGUACCCUAAAGCGCAUGAACGAUGAGGCUGGCUAUCAGGAGUGCAUUGAUAGUGCUCGUCGACUCAAUCAUGGCGAGGAAGAAUAUAUUGAGUAUUUCAUUAAACAAAGUCGUACGGAUCUUUAAUAGUAGUCAGUGAGGUUCAAUUAAACUACAUUUAAUACAUACUUUGCAUACUUUAAA